AUGGAGGAGAGCGAUGAGCUGAAGAGGAAAACUAGAGCAGCGUCAAUGGCUACCGUAGAAAAUUCUAAGUCUGACAUUGCUGCGACCAAUAAUUCAUCUAAAGCCAGAGAAGAAGGCGAGCUCUCUUCGUCUGACGAGGGCAGUACAUUGAAGCAUUAUACUGAGAAUAGUUGCCAGGAAAUGCCAAGUUCUGAGCACAUAAAAGCAGCACAUGGACCUAAUUUGUUGAUGAGCAGUGAUUUUCAUGAAAUCAGAUCUAGUGGCAAGGCACUUAAGCCCACAUCGGAUGAUACAUAUCAGUCCUGCUCUUUCCAUGUUCCAGAUAACAACCUAGAGACCUCAAAUGCAUCACUAAAGAAUGCAAGCAUAGGGAAUUGUUUGGGUAAGAUAAACAUGUCAGGUAAUCACAGCAUGGAUAUACAAGCAAUAUUGGACAUUGAGGAAAUGCAAGACAAGGAGCUGGAGGAAGCACAAGAGCACCGACGCAAGUGCGAAGUUGAGGAAAGAAACGCUUUUAAAGCUUAUCGGAAGGCCCAGAGGGCUUUGAUUGAGGCUGAUGCUAAAUGCUCUUAUCUCUAUCGUAGACGGGAACUAUAUUCAACCCAUUUUCGAACAUGUAUGAUGGAGGAUUCAAGUUUGUUCUGGUCACUGAGGCCGCAGAAUCAUGUUGGAGGUGGGCUAAAUUCGUUAAAUAGCAGAUCAGAAGUUAAUACACAUUCUGUACCCACAUCAAGUCAUCAAAUGCAGGCUGAAUUUGAUGCUUAUGAUCAAUGCCAAAAUGAUUUAAAUAUCCAAUCUGUGACCGGUGCCCUUCAAAGUUUGUCUGAUCGGUAUGUGGAAGGUCAAAAUAUGGCUCCUGAUCCAUGCAGUGAGCCUGAUGCUAGUACAUCAGAUCCUCUUAAAGACAAUAGUGUCGCUGAUGUUUUUUGCUCUCCCUCCGAUGAUGUAGACAUAUUGGCAGAUGAGGAUGAGGAGACAGUUUCAUUUGACCAUAAAUCAGGUCAAUUCAAUAUAGACCAUCAGAAAGAAGAAGAAAUUUAUGAAGAACGGAUAAAGGACACAAAUGACAGACCAAAAAGAAGUUUUUCUAUUGAUAGCUGUCAGGAUUCUUUGCUUCUUGAAGCCGCCUUGAGGUCUCAACUAGUCUCAAAACUAGGAAAGAAAUCGUUGUUGGAAAAGAGGGGCCCAAAUGGGAGCAUGGAACCUGCAGUUGAAGGAGGGCCUGAAAAUGAUGAUGUCAGGGGGAAAACGGAGAAGAAUUUAGGGGACAUAUCAUUCUCUGAGGCGGAGAAAGAUCGAUGUUCUGAUCUUGAAGGUAGCACUGUCUUUUAAAGAAGUUUUUUAAGAGUCAGUUUUUUGGUAUCUUCCUCUUAAGAUUUAUUCAGCUAGUGGUUUAAAAGGAUAUAGAGUUCAGAGAUCUACUGAGAUGUUGAGAUGAAAUCUAUCAAUCAUAUGGUCCUUUGAUUUGUUUACAUUUUUCUUGAUAUAAAUUCGACAGUGUCUCUGCUGGGUCAACAUAAAAAUAAGUUGUUUUUUGGUCUUGUCUGCUCCUCGCAGUGUCUGGAUGAAAGAGAUUAGAGCACUUCACAUGCCUUUUUUUGUGUUGUCUUCCUCUGUAGCAUUAAUUUCCUUUCUGUUAGCUUACAGCAAUUUUUUUUGUCUGAGAUCCCUGUCUUGAACAACAGAGGCUGCUGCAUUGAGAAAUCUUGCUUUAUUAAGCAUCUCUUUAUAUUACUAAUCCCUGAGACGGUUGUUUUCUGUGCAAGGUCACCAAUCAGCUAUAUUUU